AUGAGAAAAGAAGCAGCACACCAGGUGCUGAAGAUCCGUAAACGCGCUAACCGGUUCCUGGAAGAAAUUCACCCAGGGAACUUGGAGAGAGAAUGCACUGAGGAAACAUGCUCCUUCGAGGAGGCAAAGGAGAUUUUCCAAUCGCAGGAGAAAACGAUGGAGUUUUGGUUUGUUUACAAAGAUUUAAAUCCCUGCAAAGAAAAUCCCUGUAAGAACGGUGGCGUCUGCAAACUGAAACACUAUGAUUAUUUCUGUAUCUGUCCCCCACUGUUUGGAGGAAAGCAGUGUGAAAUAGAGAAGUUUGAAUGCUGGUACAAGAAUGGCGGCUGCUGGCAGUAUUGCCAAGACACUGCACACUCCCUUCAUGUGGUGUGCUCCUGUGCGGAGGGUUAUGCUCUGGGUGAUGACAGGAAGAGGUGCACGCAAUCAGCUCAGUUUCCCUGUGGGCUGAUUAAAAGAUCCAUGCGUGCUUUGGAGGAAGUUGCCCCUGGGAUCAAUGGGAUGGCAGAGGGGGGCGCCUCUGGGCCCAAUGAGUCGGUGGAGGGUGGCACUCCUGGGCUCAACUGGAUGGCAGAGGGGGGCACCACCCCUGGGCUCAAUGGGUCAGCAGAGGGUGGCACCCCCAGGCUCAAUGGGUCAGCAGAGGGGGGCACCCCAAAACUCAAUGAGUCAGGGGCGGGGGAGACCCCCAGGCUCAAUGGGUUGGCAGAGGGUGGCAUCCCCAGGCUCAAUGGGUCAGAAGAGGGUGGCACUCCCAGGCUCAAUGAGUCAGCAGAGGGUGGCACCCCCAGGCUCAAUGGGUUGGCAGAGGGGGGCACCCCAAAACUCAAUGAGUCAGGGGAGGGGGAGACCCCCAGGCUUAAUGGGUUGGCAGAGGGUGGCAUCCCCAGGCUCAAUGGGUCGGAAGAGGGUGGCACCCCCAGGCUCAAUGAGUCAGCAGAGGGGGGCAUCCCCAGGCUCAAUGGGUCGGCAGAGUGGGGCACCCCCAAGCUCAAUGAGUCAGCAGACUCUGCCGACCUUGGGCUUAGUGGGAUGACAGAGGGGGGCACCCCCGGGUUCAAUGGGUCGGUGAAGGGGGGCACCCCUGAACUCAAUACGUCGGCAGAGGGGCAGAAUGUGCACGACGGUCUCAAUCAGACCGAAGCUGAAGGAAACCUGACAGAUGAAGAUCUACACAGCUGGACAAAUGUCUACCAAACUGCAGAGCACGAUGAUACCAGGAUCGUUGGGGGAUCUUUCUGCCAUCGUGGCCAUUGUCCCUGGCAGGUAUUUAUCCGAAAUAGCAGAGGUUAUGGUUUCUGUGGAGGGAGUUUAAUCAGCAGCCGCUGGGUGGUCACUGCUGCCCACUGCCUUGAGAUUGUUAAGCCACAUCAUGUUACUGUAGGAGACUUUGACAAACAGCAGAGGGAAGUGAAAGAACAAAAGAUUGAAGUGCAACAGAGCUGGAUACAUCCACACUACGACUCAGAUAACUAUAAUGGUGACAUUGCUUUGCUCUACUUGAGCAGCGAUGUUGUAUUUAAUGAGUAUGCACUCUCUAUUUGCCUUCCAAAUCCUAACCUGGCAACCUUGCUGACUGCAGAAGGGACUAGGGGGAUGGUGAGUGGAUGGGGUUCCACACAUCACAGGGGUCCUGGAACACGUUUCCUCAUGAAAGUCAAGCUGCCCAUAGUAAGCAUGGAAACCUGUAGGCAGUCAACAGCAAAGCUCAUUACUGAUAACAUGUUCUGUGCAGGCUAUGCUGCCAAUGCCCAUGAUGCUUGUAAAGGAGACAGUGGAGGCCCCUUUGCUGUCUCUUACCACAAUACUUGGUACCUUCUAGGGGUAGUCAGUUGGGGUGAGGGCUGUGCUGAAGAGAGGAAAUAUGGUGCAUAUACGCGGGUAGCCAACUAUGUACCAUGGAUAAAGGAGGUUGUUGAAAACCUAGCUGAUUCAGGAGGAUUUUUACCUUCAUUAGAAUGA